UUGGCUCUGUAAAUAGUUGAGAGAUGGCAGCGGCAGAGAUAAAAAUGCUUAACCCAACCUGGAGUGGAGAGAGGAUGGUCCCGCAAGGAGAUGCCCCCUCACCCCUCCCCGGCCAAGGUCUGGCCCCUCUGCCCACAGGGGCGUGAGGUAGGAGGUGGCCCUGCUGCCGGAUGGGAGUGCCCGGGCGCGCGCACCAUGUCAUCAUGCGUCUCUAGCCAGCCCAGCAGCGACCCGGCCGCCCUUCAGGAUGAGCUGGGGGGCGGCGGCGGCAGCGAAGGCCAAAAGCCCUGUGAGGCCCUGCAGGGCCUCUCGUCCCUGAGCAUCCGGCUGGGCAUGGAGUCCUUCAUCGUGGUCACCGAGUGUGAGCCGGGCUGCGCAGUGGACCGCGGCCCGGCCCGGGACCGGCCCCAGGAGGCCGAUGGCCGAGAGGGACCCCUCGACGCCUCCACCUCCGGGCCCCAGGCCCGGCCCCAGCUGUGCAGUCGCAAGCUCUCCCUGCAGGAGCGGUCCCAGCUGGAUGCGAACGGACGCUGCGUCUACGCGGCCCUGCCCCACUCGCCGGUGGGCUCCCCGCAGUCCUCGCCGCGGCUGCCCCGGCGGCGCACCGUGGAGUCCCACCAUGUCUCCAUCACUGGCAUGCAGGAUUGUGUACAGCUGAAUCAGUACACGCUGAAGGAUGAAAUUGGAAAGGGCUCCUAUGGUGUGGUCAAGUUGGCCUACAAUGAAAAUGACAAUACCUAUUACGCGAUGAAGGUGCUGUCCAAAAAGAAGCUGAUCCGACAGGCGGGCUUUCCACGUCGCCCCCCGCCCCGAGGCACUCGGCCAGCCCCUGGAGGCUGCAUCCAGCCUAGGGGCCCCAUUGAGCAGGUGUACCAGGAAAUCGCCAUCCUCAAGAAGCUAGACCACCCCAAUGUGGUGAAGCUGGUGGAGGUCCUGGAUGACCCCAAUGAAGACCAUCUGUACAUGGUGUUUGAACUGGUCAACCAAGGGCCUGUGAUGGAAGUGCCCACCCUCAAACCACUCUCGGAAGACCAGGCCCGUUUCUACUUCCAGGACCUGAUCAAAGGCAUAGAGUACCUACACUACCAGAAGAUCAUCCACCGGGACAUCAAACCUUCUAACCUCCUGGUGGGAGAAGAUGGGCACAUCAAGAUUGCCGACUUCGGUGUGAGCAACGAGUUCAAGGGCAGCGACGCGCUCCUCUCUAACACCGUGGGCACACCCGCCUUCAUGGCACCUGAGUCGCUCUCGGAGACCCGGAAGAUCUUCUCUGGGAAGGCUUUGGAUGUUUGGGCCAUGGGUGUGACGCUGUACUGCUUUGUGUUUGGCCAGUGCCCAUUCAUGGACGAGCGGAUCAUGUGUUUGCACAGCAAGAUCAAGAGUCAGGCCCUGGAAUUUCCAGAUCAGCCUGACAUAGCUGAGGACUUGAAGGACCUGAUCACCCGCAUGUUGGACAAGAACCCGGAAUCAAGGAUCGUGGUGCCGGAAAUCAAGCUGCACCCCUGGGUCACGAGGCAUGGGGCGGAGCCGUUGCCAUCGGAGGACGAGAACUGCACGCUGGUCGAGGUGACCGAAGAGGAGGUCGAGAAUUCGGUCAAACACAUUCCCAGCCUGGCAACCGUGAUCCUGGUGAAGACCAUGAUACGGAAACGCUCCUUCGGGAACCCGUUUGAGGGCAGCCGGCGGGAGGAGCGCUCCCUGUCAGCGCCUGGAAACCUGCUCACCAAAAAACCAACCAGGGAGUGUGAGCCCCUGUCUGAGCCCAAGGAAGCAAGGCAGCGAAGACAGCCUCCGGGGCCCCGACCCGCCCCCCGUGGGGGAGGAGGAAGUGCUCUUGUGAAAGGCGGUCCCCGCGCCGAGAGUUGGGGGGCCCCGGCCCCCGGCCCCCGCGCUCGCAUGCAUCCUCUGCGGCCCGACGAGGUGAUGGAGUAGCUGCCCGGACGCGUGACCUCGCAUGCAGGCUGCACCCUGCGUUUCCAUAGCAGCAUGUCCUACGGAAACCCAGCACGUGUGUAGAGCCUUGACCGUCAUCUCUGGUGUUUUUGUUUUGUUUUGUUUUUCUUCCUUUGUUGUUUUCAAGGGGACAAAAAAAAAAAAGACUUGACUCCAUGACAUCGACCUUGGCCGCUGGCUGGCUGAACGGGCGGGUGUGAGGAGUUGCAGACCCAAAGCCACAUGCAUUUUGGGACAAUUGCUUUUUAAAAUGUUUUUAUGCCAAAAAUCUUUCAUUGUGAACUCAGAACCAUGUCAGAUAUACCAGGUGAAUGUGUGUGGGGUUUGUAAAUCAUGCAAAACCGGCAGAAAACUCUGGCGGUGUGGGCUGAGACCACAGAGUUAGUUGCUGCGUUUGAAAGGGAGAGGAAGAGGGGCUGUCACUCCUCCUGCAAACCCCGAAGGCCCCAAACUCCAGGCCCGUGGCACCUUCCAGGACUGUGGACUCACGGGGUCUGGGCAGGGCUAGCCCUCAGUUAGCUGCAGGGAGCUUCGAUGCACCUUAUUUGUAAGAAGGACUUCACAUUUUUUUAUGGGUAGAGUUGUAGUCAGGAAAAGGGAAAGGGCUUGAAGCUUAAUUGCUUCGCAAAGGGGAUUUUCCCCCCCUCGAAGGGCGUUCCGUGGUUGUUGUGGGGCGGGGGGUGGGGGGGGAGGUUUCACCUAAAGGACUGAUAGCCACUCACAGCGAGUUUCUGAAAUAUUAACGGAGCUCUGGUCAAUCUCUUGUUAAAUGACAAAAACUUCAGGGUGAAAUCCUACACUUCCAUGUACAUUACAUGGCUUACGAGUAAAUAAAAUAUUUUCGAUUCUCUAACUAGACUGAACUCUAGAGUAGUUCAGAGAUCAUUUAGAGCUUCCAGGAUACUUUCCACGGCUUCAGGCAUGUGAUCAGAGUUAGAGCCAAUGAAAUCUGUGCCUGUAUAUUAGCAGCUUGGUCUGUUUGUAACCUGUGUGUUCUAGAGACUGCGGAGGUUUUAUUUUCUCAAAUACUAGCUGAUUGUUGCAGUCAGUGAAGCACUUAGUUUCUGGAGGGCCAGUGAGGAAAUACUCGGCUUCAGCGGAAACACAAAUGAUCAUCCUUACCGGCAAAGCUCUGUUAGGAUCUACACAAGAACUUUGGGGCGCCCUUUUAGAGAGGAUUGUUGAAACCCAGAGUGGUCCUCAGGGUCCAAGAGAGCCAGGGCUUGGCACAGGGAGUUCUGCUUUGUAAGCCAACAGUCCCAGACAGAAAAGGUUUAUCUUUUUGGGUUUCCGCUUGUACUGGGGAUUCUCACUGCAGUUCAAGUGUGACUUCUUUCUCAGAGCCACACAUGGAGGAGGGUGAAGUUCACGGGGGAGGAAAACAGGAAGGCCUUUGCUCGGGGACAUUCCCAGUGUUUUGUGGACUCUGGUUGGGGGAAAUAGUGUCGAACUGGGCUGAGAGGACAUGCUCUCCUGUAGUUUCUGUCUGAUCAUCGCUGGUAGGAGGACUUUUUGCAGAGAGAUGGGAGCAAGGCCUCGUGCCCCCGCUACCCAGCGCAUCACAGAGCCUGGGUGUUCUUGGCUUCCACAAACCUUCGUAAGCUCUUGACUGUCAUUUAGCCAGACUUUUCUUGCUGUCUUAUAAGCAGUACAGAAUUAAGGAAUGCUGGUUUCCAAGAGCAAAGGACAACCGUCAGAUGAAGGGUUGUCUGGCCUGCUUGCUUUCUUUUUGUAACCUGGUACUUCCUCUGGCGUUCCUGCGCUUGUUUGUACUUAUAGGCACCACCCCUUCUGGGAGCAGAUGGGGUCUGGUUAGUUUGCAAUAAGCACCUUGCAGUAGUUCAAGUGAACCUGUCCUUAGUCCCGGCCUGUCUGUGUGACUGUGGCCUGGCCGAGCGGCUCGCCCGGGGCGGGCAGGUAGCACGCUCUCUGCAGAACUCCUGUUUACACAGCUGCAUCGGGCAAGACCGUUUCUUCCGCCACAGAAUUCCCCACGUAAGAUUUCAUACGCGGAAUGCCGGCUGUUUAGGCAGGUGGGUUCAUAACUUUUUUUUCCCAAAGAAACACCAAAGAAAGCUGUGCGAAGGAACUGCUCCCCUCAAAAAGUAUAAGCAGAGGGCCUUACUGUCAAGCGGUAGGGUUACCGUUCUCUUGGAGCACAAACACUGGUUUUUCGGAAGCUGGCUCUGUCAGGAAAGGGGAGAAGCCAUCAUGGGCAGCUUCUCUGGGUGAGCAAAAAGGAUGCCCUAUCAGUUUCUUCCAUUGCUGGCUCAUCUGUGGGACCAAUUUGGUGUAAGCAACCUGGGGCCUGCACAAGUUCUUGCCCCAUCUUCCUCUGCCCUGCUCCACUUUCCUCGUCUCUUCCACAGGCUUACCGGAGGCUCCCAGAAAGCCUUAGCUAGCCCCUUGUUGGCUCUGGGGGCUGGAGAGGCCAUCUCCCCAGGGAUUUGGCCUUUCCCGUGAGUUAGGGCUCCCAUCCUUAAAGCCUUUCUGGAACGAAGAGGCGAAUACCUGAGCAUUUAGAUGCAUGGGCUCAACCUAUUGCUCUCACUCAUCUUCCAAAGGGGAGCUUUGCAUUGCUGGGGGGAAGAACCAUGACCUCCACUUGCUUCCAAGGUGCUAGAGAAGGUUUCAAGGUCGUCGGUUCCCAUCCUCUUUGCAGCUUUAUGGGCCGAGUUUCGUGGGACUGCUGACUUUUUUAUUCUGUGUCUGAUUUAAUGCCCGAUGCUUCUGUUUUAUUCCUGAUCCUUUCUACUAUGCAUUUUCCUUUUAUCAGGUGUACAAAGUUAAAUACUGUGUAUUUAUCACUUAAAAGUACAUGAAUUUAAGAGAAAAAUAAGCCUUUGGUGUUUUUCCACAGAUGUUUAAGCUUCUCUGUAAACUUGAAAUAAACAGACAGCAAAAUGGUGCAAA